AUGAGUGAUGAUACCGCCUGGGAACUAGCGGAGGGAAUCCCUCAGGUUGAAGAUCAAUUUAUUCAACAAUAUCUCCAGGGACGAAACGCCUUGAUUGCUGAAGAGCAAAAGAGACGUCAUGAUGCGGUAUUUCGCAAAUCAAUGUCACCUAUUGCUGCUCGCGCGUGUAAAAUCGUGUCUCAGAUCCGGGCUCGCGAGCAAAGAGAACUCUGGUCUCAAGGACUAGAUGGCGAAGAUGAGAUCAUUUAUCCAGGAGUUAUGUUUCAUCAUGCAAAAGGCCGCAUGGAGAAAACCAAUCUCUGGAAGAUUGUGGAAAAAAUGCCCAAAGGCUCUCUUCUUCACGCUCAUAUGGAUGCCAUGUUUGAUAUAGAUUUUUUGAUCGAUCAAGCAUUUUCAACACCUGGAAUCCAUAUAUCCGCACCCAAGCCUCUGCUUACUUCAGAAGAUUAUGAGACUGCGCCCGUUUCAUUUCAAUUCUCGUCUCAGUCGACUACCGCUGAUAACAAGCCCGUUAUAUGGACUGAUGGAUAUGAAUCCUCAUCACUGAUCCCUAUCAAGACAGCAGCAUCCACAUUUCCCCAGGGAGGGGAAGAUGGCUUCCGAAAAUGGUUGACGCGUCGAUGUAUGCUUCUACCCGAGCACGCAUACAAAUACCACGAUGGAGUCGAUGCCAUAUGGAAAGUGUUUAUGGGAACUUUCCCCAUAAUCAAUUCUAUUCUAAUGUACGAGCCCAUUUUUCGGGCUUGCUUUCGUCGAAUGCUGGGACAACUAGCGGCAGACGGGAUUCGUUAUGUGGAGUUUCGUGUCGUCUUUCUCUUCCAGUUUAGAACAGAAGGGAAGGACGAACCAGAAUACGACUACAUAAAAUUCUUCGAUGUGUUUGAAGAGGAAAUCCAACGUUUCAAGAAAACAGAAGAAGGGAAGAGGUUUUACGCGGCACGAAUCAUAUGGGCUGGCCUACGAAGGACUUCAAAUCAGGACAUUGUCCAGACUAUGAAUGAGUGCAUCAUAAGCAAGCACGAAUUCCCCGACCUGAUCUGUGGAUUUGAUAUGGUCGGUCAAGAGGAUGCCGGUCGGCCCCUAGUUGACCUAGUGCCACUUCUAUUUUGGUUUCGCAAGACAUGUAUGGAGGAAGGAGUCGAUAUUCCCUUCUUCUUCCAUGCGGGCGAAUGUCUUGGUGAUGGCGACGAGACGGAUCACAAUCUCUUCGACGCUAUCCUGCUAGGAACAAGGCGAAUUGGUCAUGGGUUCUCGCUCUACAAACACCCGCUACUCAUUGAUCUUGUCAAGGAGAAGAAAAUCCUUGUCGAAUGUUGUCCGAUCUCUAACGAAAUUCUUCGUCUGGCAAAUUCUAUCAAGUCCCACCCAUUGCCUGCACUGCUAUCCCGGGGUGUGUCGGUUUCGCUUUGCAACGAUGACCCGGCCAUUCUUGGUCAUGGCAGAAAUGGGUUAACGCACGAUUAUUGGCAGGCCAUACAAGGACUGCAGAAUGUUGACCUUGCCGGUGCGGCAAUGAUGGUACAAAAUUCUAUCUUGUGGAGCUGUUUCGAGGACCAGUCAGCUACUGAAUGGAAACGUGAAGUCGGAGAUGGUAUUCUUGGGGAAGGACUGAAGGCAAAUCGCCUGCAAGAAUGGUGGUCUGAUUUUGAUAAGUUUUGCGAGUGGGUUGUCUUGGAGUUUGCAGAGUUUGACGAUGAUGAUUGA